AGAGGGAGGGGGUCUGUCCUCUGCAACCUCCAAACACUGUGCUGCCUCUCCUGUUCCAGUCCAGUGGGCGAGUUAGGACAGACAAUAUUGCAGCAGAGAGACAUUGCAGCAGUCCCGAGCUGGGCAGGUGAGAGAGGAUCUAGCAAGAAGAGGUGCAAGGAGAGAGAGACUGCGGGAGACAUAUAUAGAGAGAGAGAGAGAGACAGAGAGAGAUAGAGACAGAGCGAGCUAGAGAGAAUGAGAGAGAGAGAAAGAGAACCAAAGAGAAAGAGAGAGCGGUAGAGCGAGCAAGAAAGAAUGAGAGAGAGAGAGCGAGAGCGCUAGAGAGAGAGAAGGGUAGAGCGAGCGAGAGAGAGAGAGAAUGCGGCGGCGGGACUCUUGCAAAAAAAAGCCGCAUCUUCACUCGCUCCAUUAGCGACAUCCCGCGCAGCAGCCGGCGAGGAUUAGCGCGUAAUUGCCGGCCAUCUCCCGCUGAAGAAAGGAGCUAAAUGAAGCUCUGGCUUACUUCCUUGAUGCUUUUCUCCUGCUUCUCGAGUCAAGUGGCCGUGGAAGCGCUCGGGUGUCCUUGCAAGUUGCGGGAAUGUGAUGGCUCGGCACUGCGGGGAACACAAGAACCCUGCUCUUAAGCACGCUGGAGGGUUUUUGCCCAAUAGCACUAAAACAUAGAAAGUGUGCCCAGAAAGAAGAGUGGAAAUAUAAGUUGAAAAGACAGCGGAAUAAAAGUGGAACAGGACAGAAGCCUCAGAGUGGGUGAGCAAACAGAGUCCAAUAUAGAAAGAAGCGGCGAGGAGCAAUGCAGAGACUUGGUGCAGUCCUACUGCUGCUGCAGCUGCUGACUCAGCUACCAAGUGCACACUCUGCUCUACGCUACCGCGUAGCAGAAGAGGGUCCCCCUGACGUCAAGAUAGGCAACGUGGCCGCAGACCUUGGCCUCACCGCAGGCACGGGAAGCGGCGACGUCACCUUUGCCCUAGAGAGUGGCUCCGAGUUCUUCAAGAUCGACAACGUGACCGGCGAGCUGACGACAGGCCCCAGGCGCAUCGACAGGGAGAAGCUGCCCCAGUGCCAAAUGAUUUUUGAUGAAAACGAGUGCUUCUUGGACUUUGAGGUGUCAGUGAUUGGGCCCCUGCAGAGCUGGGUGGAUUUGUUCGAAGGGCGUGUGGUCAUCACUGACAUAAAUGACAACACGCCGUCCUUCCCCUCACCUGUUCUCCAGCUCUCUGUGGAGGAGAAUCGUCCAAUCGGGACUCUUUACCUGCUGCCCACUGCCACAGACAGGGACUUUGGAAGAAAUGGAAUCGACCGCUAUGAGCUGAUCCAAGAAGGUGCCAGUGGGUCAACGUCAACCAGACGCACAACAGGAGGUAGAGUAGACGGGCUUGGGGAUAGGAGGGGUAGGAGUGGAGACAACGGAGGAGGAGCUAGGAGCACUGUGUUUGAACUCCAAGUGGCAGAUAUACCAGAUGGUGAAAAACAACCUCAACUCAUUGUCAAAGGUAUGUUGGACCGCGAACAAAAAGACUCGUAUGAACUGAUCCUGCGGGUUCGAGAUGGAGGAAACCCCCCACGUUCAUCCCAAGCUCUGCUUCGUGUUUCCAUCACCGAUGUCAACGACAACAGCCCGCUCUUCGAAAGGUCCACGUAUGAGGCGGAAAUGGCGGAAAACGCGCCCCCGGGUACACCCGUCCUUCAGGUGAGAGCUUCAGACCGUGACAUCGGAGUGAAUGGGCAGGUGGAAUACGUCUUUGGCGCGGCCACAGAAUCUGUCCGACGUCUCCUGCGAUUGGAUGAGGCCACGGGAUGGCUAAGUGUCCUUCACAGAAUUGACAGGGAAGAAGUAGCUCAGCUGAGGUUCACCGUCACGGCUCGGGACAGAGGUCAGCCACCACGCACCGAUCGAACCACCGUCAUUCUGGCGGUCCGUGAUGAAAAUGACAACGUCCCAGUUGUAGAGAUUCGGAAGAUCGGACGAAUCCCGGUGCGAGAUGGAGCCGCGUUGGUACCUGAGAACGUUCUGGUGGACACGCCAGUUGCUCUGGUCCAAGUGUCCGACCGAGACCAAGGAGAGAACGGGGCUGUUACUUGCACUGUCGUUGGUGACGUCCCAUUCACCCUGAAGCCAGCUGGGGAAACAGCGCUCCCACCUCUACCAGCAGAUGAAGCCUUUGACAGGAACAAGAAAAAAUUCUUCCUGCAUACCUCGGCCUUGCUGGACUACGAAGUCACUAAAGAAUAUAGCGUCACCAUCGUGGCAGUGGAUUCUGGCAGCCCCAGUCUCUCCAGCAACAGUUCCCUGAUGGUGCGAGUGGUCGACUACAAUGACCACCCCCCUAUUUUUUCCCAAAGUGUCGUGGAAGUCCACUUCGCUGAGAACAACUCCCCCAACGAGAGGGUCAUUACAGUGGUGGCCUCAGAUGCAGACAGUGGCAAGAACGCAGAGCUAGCUUACUCCCUGGACCCUGCAGCAAAUGGACCAUUCUACAUAGAUCCAGAUAAUGGAGAUAUCCGUGCCACUGGUGUACUGGACAGAGAGCAAAGAGAGAGGUACGAGCUUCAAGUUAUUGCUAAGGACAAAGGCACCCCUCCUCUUCAGGGCUCAGCAAGUGUGGUCAUCCAGGUGACUGACCGUAACGACAACGCACCCAAGUUUGUUCAGGAAGUGUUUACGUUUUACGUGAAAGAGAACCUCCUUGCCAACAGCCCGGUUGGCAUGGUCACCGUGACCGACGCUGACGAAGGUGAGAAUGCGGAGCUCAGCCUCUUUGUAGAGAUGGACGAUGAGAAGAUUGUUGGAGAAAGUGGUGCGAAAGAUCAAGAGGAGGUGUUCUCCAUUGAGAACAACACAGGCACAAUCUUCUCCUCCUUAUCGUUUGACCGUGAACAACUGUCCACUUAUACCUUCCGCGUGAGGGCUGUAGAUGGGGGAGAGCCACGUAAAACCGCCACGGCCACCGUAUCUCUGUUUGUGACAGAUGAAAACGACAACGCCCCCGCCAUCACGUCUCCAGCCAAUGAGUCCUACACGCUCCUUCCGCCUGCUAGCAGUGCCCGCACUAUUGUCCGGACCGUGACAGCCAUAGACUCUGACACAGGCCCAAACGCCGACCUUCACUACGCCUUGGUUGGAGGAAAUCCCUUCAGGCUCUUUGAGAUCGGCCACUCUAACGGUGUGAUCACACUGGCAGAGCCGCUGGAGCGGCGCCACAGAGGUCUUCAUCGCCUGGUGGUCCGGGUGAAUGAUAGUGGCUCCCCCUCACUCUGUGCCACUGCCCUGGUCCACGUCUUCAUCAACGACAGCUUGGUCAACGCCUCCCUCGUGGAAGCACAGGUGAGCCGAAGCCUGCUGGCUCCGCUGUCGCUGGACAUCGCAGGGGACCCAGACAGUGACCGGGCUUUAGGCAAACAGCGCCUCAGCGUUGCCAUCGGUGUGCUGGCUGGAGCAGCAGCCGUCAUCUUGGUCAUCCUCCUUGUGGUCACCGCCAGGCAAUGUGGCACCCAAGGCAAGAAUGGCUACGAGGCCGGCAAAAAGGAGCCAGAGGAAGACUUCUUCAGUCCUUCGGGGGCUCAACCGCAGGUGGGCCGUGGCGGCGGAUCCGACCGAGGCCGUAAACCUCGACGGGACAAACGCAAUGGAAGCGGUGGCGGUGUAGCAGCUGCAGGUGCCAAAUCGGACAGGUCCCUAUACAGCGGCAUCGUCACUGUCAACGGACUUCGCCGCCACGGCAACGAAGAGGAGGAGGAGGAUAUAAGCGGUGCGAGCGAGCGCCUGGCAGCACGUUACUGCGCCGUAGACGGUGAUCCCGGCAGCCCGAGGAUGGGUGGCGGCAGAAGACACCAGUCCAGCCCAGAUUUGGCCAGACACUACAAGUCCAGCUCGCCUCUCCCGGCCGUCAACCUCCAGCCUCACUCGCCUCCGGCCGAGGGGAAGAAACACCAGGCGGUCCAGGAGCUACCGCCCUCCAACACCUUCGUGGGCAGCGGGGGCUGCGUGGGUAGCACUGCUUCCAGCAGCAGUAGCGGCAACGGCGACGCCAUGUCCUUGGGAUCCGACCAGUGCUCAGAGUAUGGCUGCCAGACCGGGAACAGGUACAACAAACAGGGAACCCUUCGCCGGGUGACCUUCUCUGUGGUGAGCCAGGCUCAGGAUCCUGGCUGCUACGACAGCGGCCUGGAGGACUCGGAGACCCCCAGCAGCAAGAGUUCGUCGGGGCCGCGCAUGGGAGCCCUGCCGCUGCCUGAGGAAGGUUAUGAGCGCACCACGCCCGAGGGCAGUGUGGGGGAGGAGGAGCAUGUGGAGAACGAUGCCAGGCAGCUGCCAGAUGUGGCUUUGACCGGAAAGUGUACGCGGGAGUGUGAUGAGUUCGGCCACUCGGACACGUGUUGGAUGCCCAUGCGCUCGUCGCCACGCCAACGCCACGGCAGCGACCCCCCGCGACUUUCCACCUUUGCCCCUGGUGACGACAACAACAAUCUGCGAAGGAACGACCACGAAAGCGACAGUGAGAGCGCAGGGAGCGCCGGGAGUUCGGAACCAGGGACUGUCAUCCCCGGAGAAGGUCAGAGGUUACCCCUGGUCAACGGUGACCCUUUGGGUACCUUAGGAAGAGCCAACAAGAACAUGGGCGACCACAAUCGGAACCUUCUCAACCGGAAGAUGACCUCGGCCUCGUACGACACCUUCAGCAGCGCAGGCUUUGGGAGACGCCAACAGGAGGAGGGAGGAGGAGAAGAAGGCCAAAACCCAGCGGAGGUCAUACCUCUCACCCGGACUGGAGGGGACUUCAAGACCACGUCCUGCCUCACAUUGUCACGCCGUGAAGUCUACCUGUGACCUCCACCGCCACGCAGCAAUUGGCCUUUAGUCGGACUUGUCAACAUGAUGCUUGACUAGAAGUUGUAUAUGCAUUGAGAACUUGUGGAUUCUAAUAUUUAUACUUCAGCCAGUGAUGCAUCAACUCUUUUGAGAGCUCCUGCCAGGAGUACUUUCUUUUAAAAAGAUUACAAAACAAGAAGAAAAAGAAGCGAACGCUGCCUGCAGGCACUGAUUCUAUUAUGUCCAUGUGGAGGAGGACGACUUCAUCUCUCCUUCAUUGUUUUUCUACCUGAAUCUGAUGCAUGCCUGACCUUCUGCCUCUGAGAUAAAAGACUUGAAAUCUUCAUCACAACGCAAACUUUCAAGAGUCAAGCGGCAAACGAUCAACGUUUAGCGAUAAGCAGAAAAAACUACAACUUAACUAUCCGGUUUGUAUGUAUUGAAGCAGAAUUAGCGUCACACUAUAUCAACAAAAAAUAAAAUACAUUUUGAAUAACAAACACUUUACAAGAGUCAAGCGGCAAACGAUCAACGUCUAGUGAUAAGCAGAAAAAAAUACAACUUAGCUAUCCGGUUUGUAUUUAGUGAAGCAAAAUUUGCAUCACACUAUAUCAACAAAAAAUAAUAUACAUUUUGAAUAACAAACACUUCACAAAAAUAAAGUGGCAACAACACAGAACUCAAAACUGACAUUUGCAAGAAACGGUCUGAAUCUUACGAAUUUUCUAGGGCUGGGCAACGAUUAAAAUUUUUAAUCAAAGUUAAUCGCACUAUUUCUCCGAUUAAUCACAAUUAACUGCAUUGUAUACGCAAAGCCCAAUAAUGAAUUCAAAAUUAGUGUGUGGUGCAUCUUUAUUGGAAUAUUCUCCAUUAUGAACAAAAGUGUCAAAACAUUUGUUGUGCAAACAAUUUAAAGCACUACUUGUUAAACAGGAGCAAUUAAAUAGCAUAUUUUAUGAAAAUCAGCUCAAAAAAUGUAAAUACAAACAUUCAAGCUUAUUGCCACUGCCAGGGUAUUUAAGUUAUCCUGUUUGUUAUGGAAAAUAAAUAUAAUCUACAUACAAAUCCCUGAGCCACAAUCAUAACAUCCGAACAGGCAAUUUCUGAGGUAACAGCAGAAACAUUUUCUUUUAUCAGGGAGAAAGAUAAGAAAGGGUGAAGCACAAAACAUUUCACUGCUGGGAUUUCCUUUACAGGGGACUAGAAUGUAAUGUCCAUGUUAAUAAUGGUGUUUCUUCAGAGAAUCUCACUCAACUCGGUGCAGUUUGUUCAUUCUUAGAACUUGACGGCCAUUAAUUUUAAAUGUACUGCCCUGUGAAUUGAAGUGCCAUAACAUUUUCUGUGCAAACACACUUUUAACACUGUAUAACUUCAGUGAAGGGCCCGGCGCAUAUUUCAGAGUAAUGCGUCUCCUUUGUUUUCAUUAUGCAAACUGUAGACAGAGCAUGUAAAUGCAGCACACACUUUUCAUCAAUAUAAUGCACUGUAACUCCGAGGUAAUUAUGCUUACCGAUUGAUGUCCAGUGGUCCCCACUGAGAGCAACUACAGCUGCACGUUGUAAAGUUGUCACUUUUACAGUCCUGUCCUUUUUAUACAACUGGUGUAUUCUUCGUGCGGUGUGUGUCUUAAUGGCGGCUCAUACGUGAUGUCACUUAUUGCGAUUAGCACAAUGUUUCUCAGGCCGGCGUCUUCCACAACACUAAUGGGCCUACAGUCUGGAACUAUCCACUUGUUAGCUUCUCUUGCUCUCCUUUAUCUCUACUUCUCCCGCACGCAGGCUCCACUUUCUGCUUUGUUGAAUGGUUUGCUCGCAUCAACAGUGUGCUUCGCGUGAAGGUGAUAUUUUAGACCGGAAGUACUCCUGCGAUAAGAAAAUUCAGCUUGGCAGGCUACAAACCACUUUGCUUCUGUCAAAUCCGCCGCCUGGAAGUACUUUAUAAUGAAAAUGACUCUGUAAACGUUCUGUUGCGUUACCCUUCUUCUCCAUGCUUGUUUUGUUUUUUUCCGCGUUCUCCUUCUUUUUCCACAGGAGCCAGCAAUAGGCGUUAACAAAAUAAAAGCAUGUGAAACAACAUACGCAAAUGCGCGAUAGCAUAAUUGUUGGCGUUAAUAGAUUGAUGAGUUAACUCGUAAUUGACGCAUUAACUUGCCCAGCCCUAUUAUUUUCAUUUUGAAGCAAAUGCUGACAAAAAUCAAUUCACCUCUAAACUGUGAUUCUAAUUUAUUGCAAAUCUAAAUUGGUUUGUUAUUUUUAAGAAUCGAUUUUUAAACUGAGGAUUUUCUUUAUUUUACUCGCUGCGCGUAUAUGUCACAUGUCAGCACCCAAGAGGACCUUUUGCUCCCUGUUUUGAAAAGGUUUUGUUAUAACUUUCAUCAUUGUUACAAUUCCAAUAUAAAUGUUAGACCAAAUAAUAUCAUCUGAAAAUCAGUUUACAUCCAGAACAAAUUUUGUAUUCCAAGAAUAGGAAUUCAAUUUAAUAGUGAGUUGAUGUAAGAUCAACAGCCUGAGCGAAGGCUGUAUUUGUCAUAUUAGUGCUUUUUUUAUGUUGAUUUGAUUUCCUGAAGUUGCAGCUUUUCGCUUUUAAAACAUCAUUAUUUUAUGCUGAUUUUUUGCAGUUAUUUGGUUUCCGCUAUAUUUUUGUAAAUAAAUAAAGACAAAUUAUGGUAACUUUAACUCCCCCAUCUUUUUCAUGUAAAACAACAACUUUUUGAAAUUAUUUUGUUACACCUUUAUUUUCGCUUUCGACAUUUUUAUCAAAAUAUUACAACUUUAUUAAAGUAAAACAAAGUCUCGUAACACUAUGAUUUUCUU